UGGGAGAUUUUCUGAUCCAGGUAGCAGAUUAGUAUACAAAGCAGAAGCGGUUUGUCUAGUGUCAUCAGUUAUAUAUCGGGAGGGUUUCUGGUUGAGCUUAGAUUAGAUAUUAUCUGAAAGCAAGGCAAUGAUAUAGAGAAGGAGUGAAUCAAGAUCAAAAGUAUAUGAACGAUGUCAUCCGCCUCAGGCAGCUACACAUAUAGCUCGCGGUCUGGCGGUGGGCGGGGACACUACGAUAGAUUAGGUGGAGGCAGCAGCUCGACAGGAGGGAGACAGGUGCAGCAGCAAAACUACGAUAAUGACGAGCAGCAGCAACACCAACGAAAAACGGGACACAGGAGAACGGUGGAUUACAUCGGAGGAGUUGCGAGGUGGAAGCAUAAACGGGUGGUGUAUCCGUACAUGAAGGAGCCCGGCGUUGUGAGGCCUAGGAAGGAUUACAUUGUUGACAUCUACCCCCCAUCGGCCUACCUCUACAACCCAUUGACGAGCGUGACUCCAAAAUUCGUCCAUGGAAGUGUCAACAAGAUGCGCCAUCCGGUGAAUCUUGUCCGCUGGACGCCCGAAGGCCGCCGUAUACUAGGAGCGAGCAGUAGCGGCGAGUUCACGCUCUGGAACGGAAUGAGCUUCAAUUUCGAGACAAUCAUGCAGGCGCACGACCAGAGUAUCAGAGCGGGCGAGUGGUCGCAUAAUGACGAUUGGUUCUUGUCUGGAGAUCAGGAGGGGUUGAUUAAGUACUGGCAGCCAAAUAUGAAUAACGUGAAAGUGAUUGCUGCCCAUCGGGAGGCGGUUCGAGAUUUAUCAUUCUCACCCACAGAUACAAAAUUCGUCACCGCUAGUGACGACAGUACUCUUAAGAUCUGGAAUUUUAAUGAAGGAUUAGAGGAGCGCUCACUUCAGGGCCACGGCUGGGACGUCAAAUGCGUCGACUGGCAUCCAACAAAGGGCCUGAUUGUCAGUGGCUCAAAAGACAAUCUGGUCAAGCUCUGGGAUCCCCGCACAGGGAAAUGCCUGACCACUCUCCACGGCCACAAAAAUACAGUUACUCGAGCUAAAUUCCAACCGACGCGGGGUGAUCUGCUUGCGACGUCCGCUCGCGACCAAACAUGUCGUAUAUUUGACAUCAGAAUGAUGCGGGACGUUGCGGUUCUCCGUGGCUCGACGGUGGACGUCACGACGCUGGCAUGGCACCCGAUCCACGACUCGCUUAUUGCCACCGGAGACUAUUCGGGUGGCGUCCAUUUCUACCUUCUCGACUCUUACCAAUCCGGCGCUGCAUCGUCGGUGGCCGCUUUUGAGUCUCUCACAGAUCCUCAGUCUUCGACCGGCAAACCUGCCCGCAGCACGACCAGUAAUGGUACAACCGCAGGCACAGGCUCAGCCGUGGCUCCGACCGCCCGAACUGUGUUACCCGUACAGUCAAUUCCGUACGGCCACGAGAGUGCGAUCUGGUCUAUGGAGUUCCAUCCUAUGGGUCAUAUUUUAUGUACGGGAUCGAACGACAAGUUUACAAAGUUUUGGUGCCGUGCACGACCUGGCGAUGACGCUGCGUUUCAGGAUACAUAUCACCUUGGACCUGAGGCGGGAGGUACUGGUAACGAACGAUACUCGGGGCAUAAUCAUUACUGAGAGUAGUUUUUCUAUAGUAAAAGUACAAUAUACGCA